UUUUGGUCGGCAGGGGUCGCUUUUCAUCAUGGCGGCAAACGAAUUGAAUUUUAAUGUGCGAAAAUGAAUAGAUUCACAAUGUCUGCUAGGAAUGUUUCGCACUUUUCGUUCAGUUUUCCGUAAUAACUUUUUACCGUCUACAAAAAGGAUUUCUGCCGACCGCAUCAACAGUUAUUUCUUCUGUAGAAGAUUUCAAUUUUCAAGUACUAUGAUUUUAAAUGUGGCAGAAAAGAACGAUGCUGCAAAGAAUUUGGCCGAAAUUAUGUCUAGGGGUAGUUAUAGACGCAGGGACGGUUUAUCUCAAUACAAUAAAAUUUAUGAAUUUGAGUAUCGAUUAUUUAAUCAGAACUGUACCAUGAUCAUGACUUCUGUGUCGGGUCAUUUGCUAAAUCUGGAUUUUGUCGGAUCUUACAGAAAAUGGCAUGGAUGCAAUCCAAUCAAUCUUUUUGAUGCACCUGUUGUUAUGGAAUGUGAAAAUGAUUAUGUGAAAAUUAAGAAAACAUUAGAAAGAGAAGUUCGUAAUUGCAAUAAAUUAAUUAUUUGGACAGAUGGUGAUAGAGAAGGAGAGAAUAUUGGCUUUGAAAUUAUUGAAGUUUGUAGAAAUGUAAAACCACAUAUUCAAGUAUUUAGAGCUAGAUUUUCUGAAAUUACUCCUCAAGCCAUAUCUAGGGCUUGUCAAAAUCUGGGUGAACCAAAUAAGAAUAUAAGUGAUGCUGUUAAUGUCAGAAGAGAAUUAGACUUAAGAAUAGGUGCUGCCUUCACAAGAUUUCAAACUCUGAGGCUGAAGAAAGUUUUUCCAGAAUCUCUUCAAAAUCAACUAAUAAGUUAUGGAAGCUGCCAGUUUCCAACUCUUGGCUUUGUAGUUGAACGAUAUAAGCAAGUACAGUCAUUUAUUGCAGAACCAUUUUGGAAAAUUAAAGUUACACAUUUAAAAAAUGGAACCCAAGCAGACUUUACUUGGAAAAGAGGACGUCUUUUUGAUCAUACUGCUUGCCUUGUAAUUUAUCAGAUUUGCUUAGAAAACCCAACUGCUCACGUCACAGAUUUAAAAACUAAGCCUAAAAGCAAGUGGCGACCUUUGCCAUUAGACACUGUUGAAUUAGAAAAAUUGGCAUCGAGGAAAUUACGUAUGAACGCAAAAGAAACUAUGCACAUAGCAGAAAGGCUUUAUACGCAAGGAUACAUCAGUUAUCCCCGUACAGAAACUAAUAAAUUUCCUAAAGACAUUAAUCUAGGAUCACUUGUAGAAAUGCAAGUUCAAGAUCCAAAUUGGGGAGGAUUUGCUAGUAGAGUUUUAAAUGAUGGUCCUAAUCCAAGACAGGGAAAUAAAACUGAUAAUGCCCAUCCUCCAAUUCAUCCUACAAAAUAUGCUAAAAACUUGCAGGGAAAUGAAGCAAGAUUGUAUGAAUUUAUAGUAAGACAUUUUCUGGCUUCCCUUUCCAAAGAUGCUGAAGGACAGGAAACAAUAGCAGAAAUUGAUAUUAAUGGUGAAAAAUUUGGUUUAAAUGGAUUAAUAAUAAUUGCAAAAAAUUAUCUUGAAGUUUAUCCUUAUGACAAAUGGAAUUCAAAGAUAAUUCCAGAAUAUGCAUUAGGUGAAACAUUUCAGCCCUCUUCUAUAGAGAUGGUAGAUGGUGAAACUAGUCCUCCUCCUUUAUUGACAGAAGCUGAUUUAAUUGCUUUGAUGGAGAAACAUGGGAUUGGUACUGAUGCUACACAUGCAGACCAUAUUGAAACAAUAAAAUCCAGACUUUACGUUGGUUUAAAUGAAGAUAAGUUUGUUCCAGGGCAAUUAGGAAUGGGACUUGUGGAGGGUUAUGAUAAUAUGGGCUUUGAAAUGUCUAAGCCACACUUACGAGCAGAACUUGAGGCUGAUCUGAAAAGGAUAUGCGAAGGAACAAAGGAUCCUAAUGUUGUAUUAAGAGAGCAACUGAAUAAAUAUCAACAAGUAUUUAUUCAAGCAGUAAGACAGGCCAUUAAAAUAGAUGAGGCUUUGUCAAAAUAUUUAGAUGAACAACAAUGCCAAAUUUCAGAAGGUGAGUGUUACACAAAUUUUAUAAUUCUAAAUUUUAAAAAAUUUUAUUUAAGCUGUAUGUCUUAUCCUCAGUGUAAUGCAGUCAUUUGGUUACCAAAUUAUGUUGAAAAUGUAUCUGUUGACAACUCUCUAUGUGAAGAGUGUCAAAUUAGAAAACUUAAAUUCAAAUUUGAGAAGGGAUCUUUAGCUCCCCUCUAUCCAGAUAACUACAUUGGAUGUAUUGGAGGAUGUGAUGAAAACUUUCUACAGGCCUUAAGUAUCAGAAGAAUUAUGCCUAAUAGUGCAUAUUUUUCAGCAUUAAACACAGGAAGAAAUAUAUCCAUGGCCUCUAAUGUUAGUUCAAAUGAUAGUGGUUUUAAUCAGACAUCAAUUCUUCCAGCUUCACAAACUUCUGGGAGACAACCGUUAAGAACUGUAAAUUCAAUAGCAUCAUCAAGUCAGCAGUGUGUAAGAACUCAUAAUAUUGCUGUACAGCCAAGUUUGGAUGAUGAUAUUGAUGUAGUAUGUCAUUGUGGAGAGAGUGCUGUACUUCUAACUGUUAGAAAACCGGGGCCUAAUGAAGGAAGAAAAUUUUACAAAUGUCCAAAACAGCCUCCCGACAGAUGCAAUUUCUUCUUAUGGAGCGAAAGCCGAAGUACACAUUCUUCAAAUACAAAUGAUAACAGAUUUCCAUCAGUUACUGAAAAUGACACUGUUGUAAUGUGUAGAUGUCCAGCCACAGCAAAACGGUUAAUCGUCCAGAAAGAAGGUCAAAAUAAGGGUAGGCAUUUUUACGUGUGUUCAAAGUCUAGAGAGAACGGAUGCAAUUUUUUCCAGUGGGCCGAAGAACCGUCGAGUCAGACCUCUCUCAAUUCGUUCUUACAAAAUAACGACAAGUCGUCAAACAGUCGAGUUCCAGAAAAAGUAAAAAAGAAACGAAAGUGCAGCAUAUGUGGACAAGAGGGUCAUAAUCGGAGAAAUUGCCCACAAUUAGAAUGAAGUUUCUAGAGUUCAGUCGAGCGAUAUCAAGGUGAUAUCAAUUAGUAGAAAUAAAUAUAUGUAAAUGAAAA